AUGUUAGGUAGAAGAUUAUUAAAUAAAACUACUCUUUCAAUUUUAAAACAACAAACCAAAACUGGUUCAUUAGUUUGUUCAAGUAAAAAAUGUUUUUCAACCACUACUACAGCAACCAAAGAACCAUUCAAGGCUGUUAGAAUCGAAUCACAAAUUGAUAGAGUUUUGGGUAGAAUUCAAGAAGAAUCAGAUAGAGCUGAAUUAGGUGGUGGUAUUAAAAGAAUUGAUGCUCAACAUGCUAAAGGUAAAUUAUUAGCUCGUGAACGUAUCGAAUUAUUAUUAGAUGAAGGAUCAUUCAGAGAAUACGAUAUGUUAGUUACCCAUCGUUGUCAAGAUUUCAACGUUGAAAAGAUUCCAGGUGAUGGUGUCGUCACAGGUCAUGGUACAAUCAAUGGUAAAUUGGUAUUUGUUUUCAGUCAAGAUUCUACCGUCAAUGGUGGCAGUCUUUCAGAAGCUCAUGCUGAAAAGAUCUGUAAAAUUAUGGAUAAAGCAAUGUUAGUUGGUGCACCAGUUAUUGGUUUAAAUGACUCUGGUGGUGCUCGUAUUCAAGAAGGUAUUGCCUCUUUAGCUGGUUAUGCUGAAGUUUUCCAACGUAAUGUUAUGGCUAGUGGUGUCAUCCCACAAAUUUCAGUUAUUAUGGGACCAUGUGCUGGUGGUGCAGUUUAUUCACCAGCCAUCACUGAUUACAUUUUCAUGGUUAAAGAUACAAGUUACUUAUUUGUUACUGGUCCAGAUGUUGUCAAAUCAGUUACCAAUCAAGAAAUCUCACAAGAAGGUUUAGGUGGUGCUAAAGUUCAUACCACAAAAUCUGGUGUUGCUCAUCUUGCCUUUGACAAUGACAUUGAAUGUCUUAGAAAGGUUCGUGAAUUUGUCACUCUUCUUCCAUCUAAUCCAAACGAAACUGCCAUCAGAGAACCAUUCGAUUCACCAUCACGUGAAGAUGAAGUUUUAGAUGAUAUUAUUCCAGAUGAUCCAAAUAAACCAUACGAUAUGAAAGAAGUUAUCGAACGUAUUACUGAUGAAGGUGAAUUCUUUGAAAUUCAACCAGAUUUUGCCAAAAACAUUAUUGUUGGUUAUGGUCGUAUGGAAGGUCGUACCGUCGGUUUUGUUGCCAAUCAACCAAAAGAAUUAGCUGGUUGUUUAGAUAUCGAUGCCUCUGUUAAAGCUGCUCGUUUCGUACGUUUCUGUGAUUGUUUCAAUAUUCCAAUCGUUACUUUAGUCGAUGUUCCAGGUUUCCUUCCAGGUACCAACCAAGAACACAAUGGUAUCAUUAGACAUGGUGCUAAAUUAUUAUAUGCCUACGCCGAAGCUACCGUUCCAAAGAUUUCAAUUAUCACUCGUAAAGCUUAUGGUGGUGCUUAUGAUGUUAUGUCAUCUAAACAUCUUCGUGGUGAUACCAAUUACUCAUGGCCAACUGGUCAAGUUGCCGUUAUGGGUUCAAAAGGUGCUGUAGAAAUUAUCUUUAGAGGUAAAGGCGAUAUCAAAGAACAAGAACAAAUUUAUAAUGAUAAAUUUGCUAACCCACUUCCAGCUGCCAGAAGAGGUUUCAUCGAUGAUAUCAUCCCACCAAGAUUAACUCGUCAAUAUAUUUGUGAAGAUUUAGAAAUGCUUAAAAAUAAAAAAUUAUCAAAUCCAGCCAAGAAACAUGGUAACAUUGUUUUAUAAAAUCAAAUCCAAACAUAAGAUAAAUAAAUAAAAAAAAAAUAAAAAAUAAAAAAAUUUAUAUAUUAAAUUAUU